AUGAGGUUCAUAACAUUAAUAUCCCGCGGCAAGAGCAUAUCGUCAGCCUUCAUAUUUUGCCCUUUCAAUUCCACACGAACUUUUUCCUCCGUACUCUGCAAAAAACCCAAUCCCAGUACCCAAUUUUCCUUCUCAGUUAUUUUCCGUUCGAAAUCAACUUCCUCCCAAACGGUGUCUUUUUCGAGGCGGAAUACUGGGAUUUCUGUGCCCAAAUGCAUCUCGUCUUCUGCCGCCAACACCGUGGACUGGACCAACCCCGUUUCGUGCUCGGAAAUCGGGGGAGGUGUAAAUUUGAUCGAGGAAUUAGAGGUUUUGGAAGAGGAGGAUGAAUGUAAUGAAACUUUCAAAGCUCCCAUUCCUGUUAGGGCAUUUUUUUUCUCCACUAGUGUGGAUUUGAGGACCUUAGUGCAGAGGAAUAAGCAGAAUUUUAUUCUCCCUUCAUCUCGAAUGACGAAUUAUGUGGUUAUGAGAUUUGGUGACUUGAAGCCAGAGUCUAAUGGCUUGGUUGCUAAUUUAAGUGGAAGCGAUUGCUGUUACAUGAUAGUUUUUCAGUAUGGAUCGAUUGUCUUAUUCAACGUCCGUGAUCAUGAGGUUGAUGGAUAUCUAAAAAUUGUUGAAAGACAUUCUUCAGGAUUGCUCCCUGAGAUGAGAAAGGACGAGUAUGAGGUGAGAGAGAAGCCAACUUUGAACACAUGGAUGCAAGGUGGGUUAGAUUACAUAAUGCUGCAGCACCUAAAUAUUGACGGGAUCCGUACUAUUGGUAGUGUUCUUGGUCAAAGUAUUGCUCUUGACUACUAUGUGCGUCAGGUUGAUGGAAUGGUUGCAGAAUUUACUGACAUCAAUCGUGGGAUGGAGAAAACUGGAACUUUUGCAAUGGAGAGAAAAAAGCUCUUUCAACUAGUUGGAAAGGCCAAUUCCAAUCUUGCUGAUGUAAUUCUUAAGCUGGGUCUUUUCGAGAGAUCAGACAUAGCGUGGAAGGAUGCCAAAUAUGCUCAGAUUUGGGAGUAUCUUAGAGAUGAAUUUGAAUUGACUCAGAGAUUUGCUAGUCUUGAUUUUAAGUUGAAGUUUGUUGAGCACAAUAUUCGUUUUCUUCAAGAAAUUCUUCAGAAUAGGAAGUCAGAUUUUCUGGAAUGGCUCAUUAUCAUACUAAUAGGUGCUGAGAUCCUCAUCUCUGUCUAUAAUAUUGCCCAUUAG